AUGCAUCGCCGCAGCGAAUCCGCGCUCUCGACGUCCAAUUGCUCGCCGCCGUCCUACUCGGUCAAGCACUGGAGCCCGUUUGCCGAAGUCCAAGAGGAUAGAUUUUCACUGAUUGAGCCCAGCGAAGCGCCCAGCGAAACGUCCACCGAGCCCUCGACCACCGUCUACACGGCCGAGUCGCGGCGAACCUCCUUCACGCCCACCAUCGAGGGCAGCUGGAAUGACGUCGACGGCUACUACUCGGUGCCCUGGCCCGGCCAGACCUUCAUGAUCCUCGAGGCCGAGACCCGCCGGACCAUCGCCCUCACCGACAAGGGCAUCCGGCUGAAGAACGCCAUCGACGUCGAGAGCAGCGACUGCCACUUCCUGUGCGUCGAGCGCGACGGCUACUUCGGCUUCCUCAACCCGGCCCGCGGGCGAUACAUUGGACACGACGGCGAGGGCAAGGAGGGCAUGCGCGGGACGGCCAAGAAGCUCAGCUGGUGGGAGUACUGGGUCGUGCGCAAGCACCCGGACGGGGGCUACUGCCUGCUCGUGCCCGAGGGCCGGUCCCUCAAGCUCGUCGUCGUGGCCGAGGAUGGAGAGACACUGGCGAGGGCAGACCACGGCAUCACCCGGUGGAAUUUUGCCCGGCUCUCUGGCCAGCAGACGCAGCAGUUUGCUGGCUAUCGCCAUUCGACUUGA